AUGUCUAAAGCAGCCACAAAGAAGCAGCACUGGCGGUCCAAAGUGCAGGAUAGCUUCGUCCCGUUGCUGGGCCCGUCGGGAGAGCUGGGGAUUGCGGUGGGUGGAGGAGCGGACUAUGGAGAGUUCCCCUUCGUCACCUCGGCCCCUGGGGGAGGGCUGACGGUGGGAGAUAUCAUUUUGGAGAUUGGAGGGACGCCUGUGCUUGGGAUGACGCUGGGCGAUGUGAGAGGUGUGCUCAGCUCCUGCCCGCAUCCCGUACGAAUAAAAACAGCCCCGCAAGGUAUGGAGGCAUUUCCUUACUAA